UGGGUUUCCUGUAGCCAGAAGCAGCAGCAGCAGAAGAUGAUGCUUGGACCAAAAACCCACAGCCAUUUUCAUUGAAGGAAAAAGCGAAGAUCCGCUGCUGAUGCUGAUGGCCUGCUGCUGACUGACUGGGUGGUCUGACUACACCCCGUCUGCUCCAAUCCGCUGGCUUUUGUUUUUUUUCAUCCGAUUUUCGCGUGCUUGCUUGUGUGCCUUUGAUUUAAUUCACAAAAGAAAAUCGCAGCAAACCGGUUUAGUUCACAUUCAUAGACUGAGAACAGGAAUGAGUAUAGAAAUUCCUGAAGGACUGACGGAGCUGCUACAGAGCUUUACCGUGGAAGUGUUGAGGAACCAGCCCAGGGAUUUGCUCGAGUUCGCGCUGCAGUACUUCACCCAGCUGAAGGACCGGGAGACCAAAGAGGCCUCGUGUGGCAAUGACCAAAAUUCGGCCCCGAGACCUGGGAAAGCGGUCAACUUCAUUGACGAAGCCAUGCAGAUCGACUCGGAGAACGGAGAGGAGGAGGAGGAGGACGACGAUGACGAGGAAUUCAUAGCCCCAGUCAUAAACCGAUUCAUCAGAAGAGCAUCAGUGUGUGCUGAAGCAUUCAAUCCUGAUGAAGAUGAGGAGGACAAAGAGCCAUGGGUCACCCACCCAAAAACUGAUGAGCAGAGACAGAGACUACAGGAAGCAUGUAGGGACAUUCUUCUGUUCAAGAAUUUGGAUGCAGAAGAGAUGUCUCAGGUGCUGGAUGCCAUGUUUGAGAAGUUCUGCAUAGAAGGGGAGCACAUUAUUGAUCAACAUGAUGACGGGGACAACUUUUAUGUUCUUGAAAGUGGGAAGUUUAACAUAUUCGUGAAGGUUGAUGGUAUGGAGAAGCUGGUCGGCUGCUAUGACAACAGAGGCAGCUUUGGAGAACUAGCACUGAUGUACAACACCCCCAGGGCAGCCACCAUAAUCGCUGUCUCGCCUGGAGCCCUUUGGUGCCUAGAUCGUCUGACAUUCAGGAGGAUCAUAGUGAAGAAUAACGCCAAGAAGAGAAAGCUGUAUGAGGCGUUCAUCGAAACGCUACCACUGCUCACAUCAUUAGAGCUCUCUGAGAGAAUGAAGGUUGUAGAUGUUCUGUCCACCAAGGUGUACAAUGAUUCACAGCAGAUUAUUGCACAGGGGGAUUUAGCGGAUUCCUUCUACAUUGUCGAGUCUGGCCAAGUUAGAAUCACCAUGAAAAGAAGCAGGACGAAAAAAGACCAGGAGGAAGAGGAGGUGGAAAUUGCCACAUGCACAAGGGGCCAGUAUUUUGGGGAGUUGGCACUUGUCACAAACAAGCCCAGAGCUGCAUCGGCGUAUGCUGUGGGGAGCGUCAAAUGCUUGGUCAUGGAUGUCAAAGCCUUUGAGAGAUUGCUGGGUCCGUGCAUGGACAUCAUGAAGAGAAACAUUGCUAACUAUGAGGAGCAGCUGGUCACCCUGUUUGGAAGUAGCCCUGAGAUUGAGCAACACAGUGCAUAAGAUGGCUCCAAUGGACCAUGAAUCCGUGGAUGAGAAAACAAAAGGCUUAUAUGGAAGAUUUCCCCCCUGUAGUCACUUAAACGUCUUUUCUUACAAGAAAUGUGAAUACCCACGACGCUAUUUGUGUAUGAGAUAAAUAGAACAAACAACGUCAGAUUCCCAGAUGAGACGAGGUUCAUUUCAGCAGAGUUUGCCACAGAGUGUUACGACUAAAUGUGAGCCAAAGCAGAGUUGCUUACAGCUUCCUUAAAUUCGAUUUCUCUCACGACUCACUCACCGAAAAGACGUACGUGUACAUUUUACUCGUGAGAGUCAGAUGCAUUAUUCAUUUGUAUUCUGAACACUUUUGUUAACUCUCACCUUAUAUCCCACAGUGUUAUCGUUACACCCACAGUAUUAUAUUGUUUGUACAUUUUUAAAUAUUGUUUGUUAAAACCAGAUGCCAAAGCAAAUUUCUUACUGGAUAAUAAUUGUGAGUAAAACACGACAUAUUCUCUUGUCAAUAUUUUUGUGGCAGGAGCACGAACACUGCACGAGGCAACGCAACACGAGGCAACGCAACACGAGAACAGAUAAACAAUUUAUAAAGGGAGUGGAUUUGAUUCUGUGUUUGAAUAGCUUCUUUCACAUAUUUGAUCACAAGAGAAUGUAGACUUGGCAGACUACUUUAGCAUUUUUACAAAACACAUUUUGUUUAUCAUGAGAUUUAAUCCCUUAAAUAUGUGUUCAUAAGAUGUACAUCAUUGUUGGACAGUGUUUGUGGCUGUUAGCCUUUUGAAAAUAAACAAAAAAACAAAAAGAAUCUUCAGAGAGAUAGCUGAUAGUUUUGUAAGAAUAUACAACACAUUGCUAUACAAUUUGAAACUGAGUAUUUACUGUUGAUGUACAGGCCCACCUUUAAUUUGAUAGGUUACCCCACUAGACUGCACCCAUUAUGGGCAAUGUCUUGAGACAAUUGAUUUUCCUGUGUUUUAAUGUCUGUUUUUGUGUUGGUGAAACAUAUAUUUAUAAUUAUGACAUUCAUUAUUGCUGUCUACCUCUGCCAACAGCUUCUACUUUAUGGAAACACAUAUUCUGAUGUUCCCUUUCAACAGAAUCUAAGUCUCUCUGACUCCCUCUCUCUCCUUCUAAAAUGAAUAAUUAGUCUGUAUUUUGUCUGUGCUUUCCUGCAGCUUUAACUGUUUGAAGCUGCUUUAACAUUUAAACAUUAUGAAUUUAUUUCCCCCCCUUUGUGCAGGUUGUAGGCUACUGGUCAUUUCUGAGGGCAGAACCCAUAAUACUGGAUGAAAGUACUGUAUGUUUCACUUUUCAUGACAA